AUGGUAUACAACGGAGACGAGGUAUCAGCCCUCGUGGUCGAUUUCGGCUCAUACACCACCCGAGCAGGGUACGCGGGCGAGGACUGCCCUCGCGUAGUCUGCCCGUCCUUCUACGGGUAUACGGAGCAGGGCGAGUCAUCCGCCAAUGGACAUGCGAACGGAGGAGGAGAUGAGGAGGAUGUGAAUAUGGACGGGGGAGGAACGAAUGGAGUCGGAGGGAAGAAGGGGCGGAAAUAUUACGUGGGGGAUGAUGGGGUGGGGGUAUGGAGAGCAGGGAUGGAAGUGGGGAACUUUAUGCAGGAUGGGAUAGUGAACGAGCCAGAACCCGCCUCGCAGCUCCUGCAUCAUAUCUUGCAUAACCGGCUCUCGGUCGAUCCCAAAGAGCACCCUUUGAUGAUCACGGAGCCGGCGUGGAAUACGCCCAAAGCGAGGGAAAUGAUUGCGCAGAUGGCGUUUGAGGGGGAGGAGGUACCAGCGAUGUACUUUGGCUCUGCGGGGGUACUGUCUGCCUUCGCAGCAGGAAAGCCCACUGCUUUGGUUCUGGACGUAGGGUACGCAAAUAGCAGCGCCAUCCCUGUUGUUGACGGAUAUGCUCUGCGAGCCGGCACUAUGCGCCAACCCCUCGCCGGCCAACUCCUCACCUCCCAAAUCCACUCCAACUUCACCCACUCCACCUCUUCCCGUCCCUUCCCACUCUCCCUCCUUCCCCGCCACCUCAUCGCCAAGCGCGAGCCCUCCCCUCUCGAUUCGACCGAGAUGCGCCAGCCAAAGCCCGUACUGCGGGACGACCGGCUCGGCUCGACAACCGCGUCCUGGCGCUCAUGGGGCGAAAACAGCGUCGUCGAGGCGUGGAAGGAGGCGUGUGCCGAAGUCGUCAAUGUGCGAGGGUACGACCUGGCCAGUGCCACCAGUCUGCCGGUGGUGAAUUAUGAGUUACCGGAUGGGUACAGCAAGGCAUGGGGGGAGGAGAGGUAUCGAUUCUCCGAAAUGCUGUUUGAUCCCAAGAAUUACUUUGACCAGUCGAUCGAACCACCCGCAUCCCUUCGCCUCGCUCAAUCAAGCGACCACUCCCACUCCCUCAAAGACCUCGUCUCCCUCUCUCAGCUCGUCCACGACAGUAUCAUGUCGUGCGACGUGGACGUUCGCGCUGCUUUGCUUCAGAACAUCGUCGUGGUCGGGAACGGGGCGGGUAUCAAGGGGUUGACUGAGCGGCUGGAUAUGGAACUAGCGAGGUUGAUGCCAAGUCAAAAGAUCAAGAUCCACUCUCCGACUGUACCGUUCGAAAAGCGGUAUGCGGGCUGGUUGGGCGGAAGCAUCCUCGCUUCGUUGGGAUCAUUCCAUCAACUCUGGGUAACAAAGGAUGAGUAUGAGGAACACGGGCCGCAGAUCAUACAUCAGCGGUGCAAGUAG